AUGGCGCAGAUGCGAGGAUCGGGUAGCUACGGCAUGGCCGCGCCGAUUACCUGCCCGCCAUCGGGCCGCUUCCUGAUCGUCGUGACCUUCAUUGAGGACGCGGUCAGAAUAAUAACACAAUGGAACGAUCAGCUGCUGUACCUGCACGACUACCGCCACAUCCCCUCCGGCCUGACGCAUCUCUUCCUCAUCCUUAACGUGAUCGCCAUGGUGGCGUGCUCGACUCUAGUGAUCAUCCGCAAGCACUCGGAGCGCGCGGUGGGCGGGUUGAUCGCGGUGGUGAUCACGCAGGCGCUCGGGUACGGGCUGAUCUUUGACCUCAACUUCUUCCUGCGCAACCUGUCCGUUAUGGGCGGCCUGCUCAUGGUGCUCUCGGACUCGUGGGUGCGCAAGACCAAGGCCUUCGCCGGCCUGCCCCAGCUCGAGGAGAAGGAUCGCAAGAUGUACUUCCAGCUGGCCGGCCGCAUCCUGCUCAUCUUCCUAUUCAUUGGAUUCGUCUUCAGCGGCCAGUGGUCUGUCUGGCGCGUCGCCGUCUCGCUGAUCGGCUUGAUGGCCUGCGUCAUGGUCGUCGUCGGCUUCAAGGCCAAGUUCAGCGCGACCUUGCUGGUGGUGAUUCUCAGCGUCUUCAACAUUCUCGUGAACAACUUCUGGACUCUCCACGAGCACCACCCGCACAAGGACUUUGCCAAGUACGACUUCUUCCAGAUCCUGUCCAUCGUUGGUGGUCUCCUGCUGCUUGUCAACAGCGGCCCAGGCCAGUUCAGCAUCGACGAGAAGAAGAAGGUCUACUAA